UCCCCGUAUAACUGAGAAUUCACCCUGAAGGUUAAGGCGGGCUGUCGCUCUCAGACUCUGAACAUCAAUUACAAACUUCUGGAUUUAAAAAAAUAAAAUAAAAAUCACACUUCAGCAAUGAUGACAAAAAUGCAGCACAGAUGGCGACUGUUAUUUCUGAUUCUUGAAGCUCUUUCCUGCUGCAGUGCUAUGCAGGUUUCCAUUCAAGAGAAAGAAUAUGAAGUUGCAAGAGAUGGAGAGAUUAUUUUGACAUGUUCAUUCAACCCCGCCAGACCAAUAACCAAUGCAUUAGUCCUGACGUGGGAAGCUUCCCCGGAUGAACCCGGGAAACCAAUGAAAGCGGUGGCAACCUACUUCAUAAACAAUCCAAUUGACAUAUCGCCUGCCUAUGAAGACCGGGCCUUCGUGGAGGUUGACGUUAACAAUAAAGUGAGCACACUACGCUUAACAAAGGUAACCACGAAGGACAGCCGUGAUUUCCAAUGCAGCGUCAAGGUCCCCAAUGAUGAUGAGGGAGUAACAGCUGCCACCACUUCCCUUUUGGUCCUGGUGCGUCCCUCUCCACCAAUCUGCAAGAUUGAGGGAACAGCAGAGUACUUUCAUGACAUCAGCCUCACUUGCAUUUCUGAGGAAGGAUCCCCACCACCGUCCUAUAAAUGGAUGAGCUACACUGUUGAAAACGUUUCCAGACCCUUUCCACCUAAGUCAACAGAGAAGGAUGGAACUCUAUUUCUAUUCAAUAUCUCACAAGAAACCUCUGGGUUCUACAUGUGCUCAUCAACAAAUCGAAUUGGAACUGCCAAAUGUGAACUUACUUUAGCUGUGAUGCCCGGCGGCAUGAAAAUUGGAUCCACUGCAGCUAUAAUUGGAGGAGUAAUCGCAGGUCUUCUGGUCCUGGCGAUUGUUGUUUUCUGUUGCUGCCGGAGAAAGGGCAAAAAUGAAGAGCAGGAUGAAGGUUCCCCUGGUGACGUGGCAUAUUAUGACAAAGAUGCUGCUGAAGCUGAGGAGUACUUGGAUGACAAGUCCAACACCAAGCCAAAGCAGAAGUACAAGGAUGAAGACAAAGAUGUUGUUCCUCAAAGCAACAACAGCGUAGGGUUAGCUGUAGCUAAGUCUGAGGACGAUCAGCACAGUAAUCACAGUGGUCGAGGAAGAAGCAACGGCAAGGGCAGUGAUUUUGACUCCAGACGUUACCAGGAAGACCAGCGCGAUCAAUAUCGUGGCAGUCGAGAUCGCCUUGACGAUCAACGUGAUAAUUACAGAGGAAGUCGGGAUCGCCUUGACGAGCCGCGUGAUCAUUACAGAGGAAGUCGGGAUCGCCUUGAAGAACCACGUGAUACUUACAGAGGAAGUCGGGAUCGCCUUGACGAUCAACGUGAUACUUACAGAGGAAGUCGGGAUCGCCUUGACGAUCAACGUGAUACUUACAGAGGAAGUCGGGAUCGCCUUGACGAUCCACGUGAUCAUUACCGAGGCAGUCGUGACCGCCUUGAUGAUAACCGCCAUGACCGCCAUGCUGGCAGUCGUGAUCACAUCGCUUACAUUGAUGAUGGAGAUAGAAAUGAGUACAGAUAAUUCUUGUUACUGAAUGUUUUUUUUUAAAGGCUUUCUAUGUGAUUUUUCACACUUAAAUGUAGAAAUCAAGUAUAUCCUCUGAAAAUAACUCUGUGAGUCAUGAC